AUGGCCGUUAAUAACUUAAACCCUCUUAAAUUGAUCGAGGAGGUUAAAAAGCGACCGGGACUGUACGACUCGGAGCGUCCGGCAGAUCGUUUGGAGAGGUUGCAACUGUGGAAGGAGAUCGGCGACGCGAUGCUUCCAAACUGGAGCACGUUAAACAAGGCUACGAUGUAUCACACAGUCCUGCAGAUACAAAGGAAAUGGCGGUCGCUGCGUGACGCAUAUAACCGAGAGCUACGAGCAAGAAGAUCCGGUGUCAGAAUACACAGGCGUGUCUACAUAUAUUUCAAGAGAAUGAGCUUCUUAGGGGGAUUCGAGGGGACGCUCAGUGAAGAUGAUGAUGCCAUGAACGACACCACAAUAGUGGACACCGAUUUGCACGUCAAAGAACAUUCAAAGUCCGGCCCCGCAAAACAACCGAAGCGAAGGAAACGCAUCAAAAAGUCCAGCUCGGACAGUGAACCGCCCCAGGAUGAAAUCGAGAUGCCGGUGUUCAACAACGUGGAAAUACCGGGGGACAUGGAGACCGAUACGGACAAGCUGUUCCUGCUUUCGUUUCUGCCAGAGAUGAGACAGCUUCCGUUGAACAUCAAGAUGUGGACGCGGGCACAGAUAGCGAAUAUAAUGCAAGAGGCUGUAGCCUGCCAUUUCAGUAACGAACAGCCCGGCAGCUCCAACGCGGACACCCGAAUUACAGACGUGAAGCAUCAGCGACGGGACAGCACCGAUUGA